ACGCGCACCGACCACGCCCCUUGCGUGGUAUCUUUCCGCCGAAGCGUCAGCCGCCGAGUGACCACCAAGCCGCAACCCGCCUAAAAAAAUGACCGACCAAGGGCUGACGAACGAAGCAGCUGCCGCUGCGUGCAAAGAGGGGAACGCCAUCACUAAAGACUUCAUGAUGCAGCAGACAAUGCUUCGGGUUAAGGAUCCGGUUAAGUCCCUGGAUUUCUACACACGCAUACUGGGAAUGACGCUGUUGCAGAAGUUUGAUUUCCCCUCCAUGCGAUUCUCCCUGUAUUUUCUGGGUUAUGAGGAUAAGAAAGAGAUCCCCGCAGAAGUGAAGGAGAGGACGGCCUGGACGUUCUCUCGUCGAGCCACUAUAGAGCUCACACAUAACUGGGGCUCCGAGACCGAUGACAGCCAGUCCUACCACAAUGGCAACUCAGACCCAAGAGGCUUUGGCCACAUUGGAAUUGCUGUACCGGAUGUCUAUGCUGCCUGCAAGCUGUUUGAAGAGAACGGAGUGACCUUUGUAAAAAAGCCUGAUGAUGGUAAAAUGAAGGGCCUGGCCUUUAUUCAGGAUCCCGAUGGCUACUGGAUUGAGAUUCUCAGCCCUAACAACAUGGUGCCCAUCACUUCAUAAAGACUUUUGUUACGCUGUGACCUGAUCGGAAGACGCUAGUUGUGGAAAUCAAGGACUGUUGGGUGUUUGGGGAUUGCUCUGUGGACAACAUGGAAAACUGUGCACUACGAAGGCCGACAAUCUCUGACAUGACAUGUGUUAGACAUCCGCUGAGCUUGAUAUAAAACUAACGAUAGAAUUUGACCAUUACUUAAUGCAUAGAGACUAACCCUAAAAGUUUACAUCACUAAAGUAAAAUAUUUUUUUGAAUUUUUGCAGUCGUUCUAAUCUCAAAACCCUACCUUUGUUAAAAUAAAGCAAGGCAAGUA